AUGAUUCAUGGUCUACAGGUGGCGAGACAAGCUCCAGUUAUUACUCACUUAUUUUUUGCAGAUGACAGUCUUUUGUUCGCCAGAGCAACGGGGAAGGAAGCAGACAGAAUUAUGGCAACUUUGAAAACUUAUGAGUUAGCUUCUGGGCAAGUGGUCAAUCUUGACAAAUCGGAGGUUUCUUUCAUUCAAAAUGUGCGUGAAGAAGACAAAUCUAUGAUCCGAGACAGGAUGGGAGUAAAGAUUGUGUCAAACCAUUCAAAGUACCUUGGAUUGCCUAUGAUAUUUGGUAGAUCAAAGAAAGAGAUUUUUGCAAUGGUUGUGGAGAGAGUUUGGAAGAAAAUAAAAGGAUGGAAAGAGAAAUUUCUGUCCAGGACAGGUAAAGAAGUUCUUAUCAAAGAUGUUACGCAGGCAAUCCCAACAUAUAUAAUGAGUUGUUAUAAACUGCCAGAGACCAUAUGCCAUGAGAUUGAAGCUAUGCUAGCCAAGUUCUGGUGGGGAUCCAAGAAUGGGGAGAGGAAAGUGCAUUGGUUGAGUUGGGAGUGUCUGGCUCGAUCAAAAAGCAUAGGUGGUAUGGGCUUCUGGGGGAUUAGUGAAUUUAACAAAAGGCUUCUAGGAAAGCAGUAUUGGCGUUUGAUGAAUAACGAAAACUCCCUAGUUGGUAAGGUGUUCAAAAGAAGAUAUUUUCCUAGGGUCUCAAUUGACAAAAGCAAUAGAGGUUUUGCUCCAAGCUAUGUGUGGCGUAGUAUCUUAGGCUCAAGGGAACUCAUACAGCUUGGAUCACGCUGGAGGAUUGGUAAUGGACAUACAAUGGAGAUUUUCAAUGACAUAUGGUUGCCUCUGAAUUCUGGUUUUAAAGUCAAAAGUCAGUCCAGGAAUCUUGAUGUGGAAAGCAAGUUCGUUGAACUUAUCGAUGAGAGAGCCUCAAAACUUCCAGGACCCUUAAGACCUCCUUGCAAAAGACUUUGGCAGAAAAUUUGGAGUUGUCCAGUCAACAAUCGGAUUAGAAACUUUUUGUGGAGGACUGCCGGAAACAUUUUGCCUACAAAGACAAACCUCCUUUGUAUUUGCUACUAUAAAGCCCCUGAAACUGUGAACCAUCUAUUGCUGGAUUGUGAGUUUGCGAGACAAACCUUCUUUUCUUCUAUGUUAAGCUAUCGGAUUCCUAGUGGCUUGGAUUUUAAGGAUUGGCUGUUAAAGACUCUUACUUGUGGUGAUGUGUUCAGCACUCAAAUGCUUAGUACCUUGGCCUAUAAGGUUGACACUGGAAAGGAUGUCCCGAGCUUUCGUGAUGUUCAUUUUCUACAGGUCGACGCUAGUGUUUUGGAGGGAGGGAUCACAAUCCUGGGAUGCGUUUUUAAGGAUCAUAACCAGGUGGUCAUUUAUGCUGCGUGCAGGAAGGAGAUUGUUUCUCUGGAUGUUGUUGAUGCAGAAAUAAUGGCUAUCCGUUGGGGAUUAAUGCUAGCUAAAGAACUAAAGAUUGAGAGGAUUGUGGUUCAGUCGGAUGCCAAGACAGUGGUGGACUGUGUUAACCUGAACCGAUACUUUGCAGUGUUGGAACCAAUUGUUGUUGAUGUUAGAUUUCUGCUUAGUAGUUUUAAUUUUCUUCUCUUUUGUUUCUCAGCAGAACCUGUAAUUUAG